UCAGGGGAGUUUUUUCUCCAUUCCAAGACACACACACCACAGACACACAUGAUCAUACACACACCUGGGGUUACAAAAGCUGCCCUGCGUUGUAAAGGACUCCACACCACGGACACCCAUGAUCAUACACACACCUGGGGUUACAAAAGCUGCCCUGCGUUGUAAAGGACUCCACACCACGGACACACAUGAUCAUACACACACCUGGGGUUACAAAAGCUGCCCUGCGUUGUAAAGGACUCCACACCACGGACACCCAUGAUCAUACACACACCUGGGGUUACAAAAGCUGCCCUGCGUUGUAAAGGACUCCACAUCACGUUUAGGUGAUUGAAACAGGACUGCUGCACCAAUAAGCUGUAGAGACAUGUGGUGGGUGUUGGUCCUGCUGCUAUCCCUGGCCAGCCGGGCUCUGUCUUUAGAAAAGCUCAACAUGUGUAUGGAUGCCAAACAUCACAAAAAAGAGCCUGGCGCCGAAGGACAACUCUAUCAACAGUGUGCUCCAUGGAGAGAUAAUGCAUGUUGUACGGCUAACACCAGUGCGGAGGCCCAUGAUGAUAACUCCUAUCUGUACAACUUUAACUGGAACCACUGUGGCAUCAUGACCCCCAAAUGCAAGAAACACUUCAUCCAGGACACCUGCUUCUACGAGUGCUCACCUCACCUUGGGCCCUGGAUACAGCAGGUGGACCAGUCUUGGCGUAAGGAGCGGAUCCUACACGUGCCUCUGUGUCAGGAGGACUGCCACAGCUGGUGGGACGACUGCAAGGAUGACUUCACCUGCAAACAGGACUGGCACUAUGGCUGGGACUGGACCACAGGGCAUAACCGCUGUCCUGCUGAGGCUAAGUGUCGUAAGUGGACUGAUGUCUUCCCUACAGCCCAGAUUAUGUGUGAGAAGAUCUGGUCUGACUCCUACAGCUACACUACUCUCUCCAACUCUUCUGGCCGCUGCAUGCAGCUGUGGUUCACCGGAAAGAACCCCAACGAGAAGGUGGCGGAAUACUACUUAAACCACGCCCCCUGGCAACAUGCUACCCCCGCCUCACUCCUCCUCCUGGCAACAAUGUCAUUAAGUGUUGUCCUGCUCUGAAUAAAACCACAGAUGUUAAUGUCA